AUGGCGCUAAAAUGUCCUAUCCUCCUGUUCCCAAUUCUGGCGCCACCACCGGAAAACCACCGGCCGUCCACGGAGGUGAGGUUCUCCCGCUGGAACAACGCCAACGCCGAUAAAUUCGAAGACCGGCGUCGAGCACAGAAGGAAAUCGAAGACGAUAUCCGCCUCCAGCGCCGCUUCAACUCUGCCAGCCGAAUCACCAAUAAUCACGAAGCUGCCACUACCACUAGCAACAACGAAACUUUCAAAUCCAUUGGCACACCUUCCUCUCCUUCCUCCCCUUCCAUCCCAGGAAAAAAAUCCAAGUACUCCAAAAACCCUAACCCUAACCCUAGCUCCUCCGAUUCCCACCCUGCCUUUCGCCAAAUCCACAGAGCAACUAAUCCAAGGCUACCACUUCCAGUACAAUCCAAAGCCAAAGCCAAUGUGACCAUCGCAGACGACGGCGUUUCAUAUAUCAUAGACGGAGCUCCGUUUGAGUUCAAGUACAGUUACACCGAGACGCCCAAAGCGAAGCCUAUAAAGCUACGAGAACCGCCGUAUGUGCCGUUUGGGCCCAGCACGAUGCCUCGGCCGUGGACUGGGCGGGCCCCAUUGCCACCAAGCAAGAAGAAGCUCAAGGAGUUUGAUUCAUUCAAGCUUCCUCCGCCACACAAGAAGGGCGUCAAACCGGUCCAGGCGCCCGGCCCAUUCUUGGCUGGGUCGGGUCCCCCCCUCCUCCGGUACGUCAAGCCCAGGUCCAGGGAGGAGAUAUUGGGCGAGCCGUUGAGUAAAGAGGAAAUCAACGAUUUGGUGAAUCGGUGCAUGAAAACCUCACGACAAUUGAAUAUAGGGAGAGAUGGUUUGACACAUAACAUGUUGGAUAACAUACAUGCUCACUGGAAGCGGCGGAGAGUAUGCAAGAUAAAAUGCAAGGGAGUGUGUACAGUCGACAUGGACAAUGUGCGCGACCAAUUGGAGGAAAGAAGCUGGGGGAAGGUUAUUUCUAGUAAAGGUGGGGUGAUAUACCUUUUCCGAGGAAGAAACUACAACUAUAGAACUCGUCCCCGCUUUCCUCUCAUGCUGUGGAAACCUAUUCCCCCUGUAUAUCCAAGGCUCAUUCAGCGGGUUCCUCCGGGUCUAACACUCGAAGAAGCAACUGAAAUGCGCAAAAAGGGACGGAAACUUAUUCCAAUAUGCAAACUAGGGAAAAAUGGUGUGUACUGUGACCUAGUAAAAAAUGUCAGAGAGGCAUUUGAAGAGUGUGAACUAGUGCGUAUAAGUUGUCAAGGGGUGAAUGGGAGUGACUACCGAAGAAUAGGUGCUAAACUCAAGGAUCUUGUCCCAUGUGUGCUUAUCUCAUUUGAACAUGAGCACAUACUUAUGUGGAGAGGAGGAAAUUGGAAGUCUUCCCUUCCAAAACUAGAUAACGAUCAUGAGGAAGCCCAAAAAUCCAAUGUCAAUGAGGGCCAAGAGGUAUCAGCAAUCUCACUGAAAGAUGUGAGUCUCAAAACAAUUGAAACCAGCAUGUCACCAAUGGACACUGUAGAGGCAAGUGAGGAUCUAUCCUCAAUAGAAAAUGUUAAGCCAUCUGUUGGUGCUGAUGCGGCUUCAGAUGUGAGGAACACAUAUAAAAGUGAAACCUUAUCCAAUAUCACAGGCUGCUGUUCUGAUGAUGGACCACAACCUAGGAGGAAUGGCUGCAAUAGUGAAACCAUGUUGGUUUCCACCAAUGUCGAUGAUAAUUCAGAGCCUAUGAGCAAUAAAUCUGGAAGUGAUGCCAUAUUGGAUAAAGCAGGCUGCACUUACAAAGGACUUCAGACAAUAACAAUGGGAUAUGGCAUCAAUGCAGGAACCUUAGGGAUCACUGGAAGUAGGGUGGAAGCCCUUCUAGUGGAUGCUACUACUCAUGACAGCCUGCUAGAUGUUUCAGAAGAGGCUGAUCUCAAUAAGCCUGCAAGGUUGAGUGCACCCUGCAUAGCGGGAGUUCUCCUACUGCAAAAGCAAGCUGUUGAAAAUGGGAGUGCAGUUAUUUUGGAUGGUUCUUCCUUGGAUGCGGAUGUUAUUUAUCAAACAGCAGUUACCUUUGCCAAGUCUGCCCCACCUGGUCCUGUUUUUAGGCAUCGACCAAGAAAGGUAGCAGUUCAAAAGCUGAAGGAGGUAGUGGGACAAGAAACUGGAGAUUUGAAAGUGAUGAAUAACAUACGAGAUCCCUCAGGAAAAAAAAGCGAGAACAAGAGUUCUAAUGUCAAAAGACACAAUGAUUUUGAUGAACUUUAUCAAGAUGUAGUACCACAUGGAAGCUUAAGAGUAGAUGAACUUGCUAAACUAUUGGCAUAAAGGGUGUGUUCUGAGAUGUAAAAUUACAUAAAUUUUGUUGCUCGAUCCAAAUUUGAAAGAAUGGACGAAAAAAUAAACCAACCAGAAAAUUUUGAUUA